GCUGGAUAUUAUUGAUGUCUUGCUGAGGAGGAGGUGGUCCUGAUUUUAGUUUUCCAGAACGCGCCCGUCUCUUGCACAAGCCGCGUCUCGAGGCAGAGGCUGCUCGCGCGUCACCAGCGCGCGAGAGGAUGUGCGCGCCUUCCUGAGGGAGACGGAAAAUCGGGUUUUACUUGGGAUUUAAAUCGUGUAUCGUGUUAUUUUGGAUAUAUAUUAUUAAACGCGAUAUUCUUAACCGAAUGGAUGCUGGAAUGAUGCCUCUCCGUGUCGGGAUUUCCUCUCUGUGCCUCUUUGUAGCGGUGAUGAGCUCUGUGAUACACACCAGCUUCUCCCUGCCUCAUUACGGAGACGCCUUGGUAAAGACGAGGGCUCGGCGUGAUGACGCCAGGUUCCUCGGGAGAGAGAACACGGUACCGGUCCGGUUGGUGUACCGAAUGGACGGAGACCGUCUGGCCGCUCAUGAUGUUCUCAACACACGGGUUCGAGCGAGCUCUGACAGUAAACAGAACCACAUGACACAGGCUAGCUUCCAGGUGCAGGCCUUCGGAAAGACCUUCAUUUUAGACGUGGAACUGAACCAUGAUCUUCUGUCAUCAAAUUACAUUGAGAGGCACAUAUCAGAGGAGGGGAAUGCAGUUGUCAACAAAGGUGGAGAACACUGUUAUUACCACGGGAAAGUACAUGAUAUUCCGAAGUCAUAUGUGGCUCUUUCAACAUGCCAUGGAUUACAUGGGAUGUUCUUUGAUGGGAACCACACAUACAUGAUCGAACCAGGAGGAGAGAACACUACAAGUGAGGAGGUUCAUGUGCACAUGAUUUAUCAGUCUCCUGGUUUAAACCCCCCCGGGGACUUCAUUUCUGCAGUUCAUCUGACAGAGUCACCGUUCCAGAACCCUCCACAGUCCAGUGCCGCCCACAGACGGAAAAAGAGACAGAUAUCACAAAAUCCACGGAGUGUUGCAGAUGAGACUAAAUAUAUAGAGCUGAUGGUCAUAAAUGAUCAUUUGAUGUACAAGAAACAUCGCCUUUCCGUUGGACAGACAAAUAACUACGCUAAAUCUGUUGUGAAUAUGGCUGAUCUGUACUUCAAAGAGCAACUCAACACUAGAAUUGUCCUGGUUGCGAUGGAAACGUGGGCUGCGGACAACAGGUUUAACAUCAACGACGAUCCCAUGGUGACAUUACGAGAGUUUAUGAAGUACAGAAGAGACUUUAUUAAAGAAAAGUGUGACUCCGUUCACCUUUUUUCGGGCAACCGUUUUCAUAGCAACUGGGGAGGAGCCUCAUACAUGGGCGGAGUCUGCUCACUCACUAAAGGAGGCGGAGUCAAUGAGUAUGGAAAGACUGAAGAAAUGGCCAUAACUCUCGCCCAGUCACUGGGACAAAAUAUCGGCAUCUUUUCUGAUAAGAAACGCAUUUUAAAUGGGGAGUGCAAGUGUGAAGAUAAAUGGUCGGGCUGCAUAAUGGAUGAUGUUGGCUUCUACUUGCCCAAGAGAUUUUCUGACUGUAAUGUGGAAGAGUAUCAUGAUUUCCUGAACAGUGGAGGUGGUGCGUGUCUCUUCAACAAACCAUCGAAGCUCUUGGAUCCUCCAGAGUGCGGAAAUGGUUUUGUGGAGGCAGGAGAGGAGUGUGACUGUGGAAGCCCAGCCGAGUGUGCUAGAGAAGGAGAGAACUGCUGCAAGAAAUGUAUGUUGACUCAGGGAGCCAAAUGCAGUGAUGGUCUCUGUUGUAAGAACUGCCAGCUGGAGUUUAUGGGUGUACUUUGUCGUGAGGCUGUCAAUGAUUGUGACAUACCGGAAAUGUGCACUGGGAACUCCAGCCAGUGUCCUCCAAACCUGCACAAGAUGGAUGGGUACACGUGUGAGAAAGAUCAAGGAAGAUGUUUCAAUGGCAGGUGCAAAACCAAGGACAGACAGUGCAAAUACCUCUGGGGAGAGAAAGCAACAUCGGCUGACAAGUUUUGCUAUGAGAAGCUCAACAUUGAGGGCACAGAGAAGGGCAACUGUGGACGAGACAGAGACACCUGGAUUCAGUGCAAAAAACAGGAUGUACACUGUGGAUACCUGCUGUGCUCCAACAUUUCUCCUGCACCCAGACUAGGAGAGUUACAGGGAGGAUUGACAUCUUUCUCUGUGGCACAGCACAGCGCCUCUCUGGACUGCAGUGGAGGGCAUGUGCUGAUUGAUGGCGACACUGAUUUGGGAUACGUAGAGGAUGGAACGGCGUGUGGGACGGAUCGCAUCUGCUUUAAUCACAAAUGCCUCCAAGUGCAGGAAUUCAAUUUCAGCACGUGCCCUGGCACCAACGAAAGGGUGAUCUGCUCCGGACAUGGGGUGUGCAGUAAUGAGCUCAGGUGUGUGUGUGACCUGGGCUGGGCAGGUGAGGACUGUAACUCCACCUCUCCUCUGAGUUACCUGCUGGUGCGACCUACAGCCAAAACAUCAGGCAUCAUCACUACUAACAUCAUCAUCGGGGCCAUUGCGGGCUCUAUCCUGGUCCUUGCACUGAUUCUAGGCAUUUCUGCAUGGGGAUACAAGAGCUACAGACAGCGUCAGUAUGUUGAGUCUGAAGUACACAGAAGAUUCUGUCGUCAAAUGCCUCCGGGUGAUUACGUGAAGAAGCCUGGAGACGGUGAUUCCCUGUACAGUGACGUGCCGCAGGGCGUGAGCUCAAACUCCGGCAGCAGCUCCAAGAAGAGGUCUGCUUACCUGUCUCACCUCCAGAUCAACACCUGCUCUUUCACCCCCUCAAUCCCUUCCAUCAGCCAAAACAUCUGUCUGUUCGGCUUCAGAUCUAAUGGUCUUUCUCACUCCUGGAGUGAAAGAAUCCCAGAUGCCAAGCACAUCUCUGACGUCUGUGAAAAUGGAAGACCCAGGAGCAACUCAUGGCAAGGAAACGUCACGGGGACCCGUAAGAAGCUCAAGGGAAAGAAGUUCCGUCCUCGCUCCAACUCCACAGAGUAUUUAACCCCUUGCGUCAAAUCAGAGUAUUAUGUAACUAAAUGGGUAGAAGAUGUGAAUAAAAACACUGAAGGACCUUAUAUUAGGACACUGUCACCUGCCAAAUCACCCACUUCUUCAACGGGCUCCAUCGCCUCCAGCCGUAGAUACCCCUACCCCAUGCCUCCGCUUCCAGAUGAGGAGAGGAAGGCCAACAGACAGAGUGCCAGGCUGUGGGAAACGUCAAUAUAAAAGAGCUCCUCGAAACUGGGCUGCAAAACUCUGUAAGGAUUUCUCUGCUUUUGUAUGAAUGAGAAAAUGAAAUAAGUAAUAAAGUAAGGAAUUCAAAUGGAGAAACAAGUAACGAGUGAAUGGAAGAGUUGGGCAUGGUCUCCUCCGAUCUCCGAUAACAUUUGUGGCAUGGAGCUGUCUUAUCUUGGAUGUGGAGAAGUGCGGUAUCAGUAUCCCAUUCCUGCUGUCAUUCACAAACAGGACUCAGGAACACGAUUUCAUCACGAGACAUACCCAGAAUGACAGCCGAUACAGAGACAACAGCAGCUACUCGUGCCCUUGUUAAACCACGCCCCCAAACACAUGCUGUCUUGUGAUUGGUUCCCUUGAUGCCCGGGUGCAAGAAGCUCAUGCAGGAGCAGGAAGUUAACUAUUGUUUUGAACGCACGCUGUCACUGUAGAACCUACUGCUGUAUGCAUGAGAAAACAUGUUUAUCCAUUCCUUGUAGUGUAACCAUGUACAAAUGUUUUAAGAUCUUUCACUCAAGGGUGCCGCAUGUAUUGAAGGACAGCUUCGUAGGCCGUUAAGAUUCAAUCCCAUGUCCACUUCACCAGAACAUCAUACAUUCAUAUCUUCUCAGAGAACUUUGUACAUAUGUCAUAUAAUUCAGAGUGAAAUGUGAGGGUGUAGUAUUUUUCGGUUUUUAAAGUUUGGUAGUGGAGAGCGUGGUGGAACUUUUUUUCUGCAUUUAAGUGUCUGUCCUGUGAUCACAUCUCUAAAUUCACAGAAUUUGUUUCAAGACUAGUGCAAGCUACACAGAGGCACCAUUUCAUGAAUUAUGCGUCAGAUCGUAACAACACAUCGCAAACAACGAUACUUUUGUAAUGAGCACAUUUCUGCUUUAGAUUGAGUAAAGAUUUUGCAUUUAAAAGUCACGACUGAAGUGGAAAUAGCCUCAGAUAUUUUUUUCCUACAUGUGAUGUAACCAAAAAAAAAAAGGACAGGGACUUGGUUGUAUUUGUUGGUACCAUUGAUGCUUUUGGCGAAAGAAAAUUGUGAGAAAAGGGCGGAGCUUAAGUGAACUAAAUGAUAGAAGUCCAACAUGCAUCACCCUAGAGAAGAACAAGUUUUCAUUUAAAGCUUUUAUUGUUUCUGAAUUUUAAAAAUUGAAAGGGUAAUUUUGACUUCUUAUCUACAAUCUUACAUUUUUCGCAGAACUCUGAUGAACUCAGAAUUUUGCUAAAAAGUUUUAAUUAGUAUACUUUUGUUUUACUUUUUUGUUUUAGUUUUCUGUAAUCUUGAUCUUGAGGUCAAAACAUUUUAUCUGCUUGGACGAAUUUUACGCAUGAAGUUAAGAUAAUGAAGUUUUUUAUGUGUCAUGGUGACUUCAGAAAUCUGUGCUAGUGUCUGCAUAAGUUAUCUGAUACACAUAGUCGAUUAGUUGUAAAGUGCUACUAUAGGAGAGAAAAUGAAAUGAGCUUCUGAAUCGUAACAUGCAUGAGGCCUUAAUUCUCUGUUGGAGUUUCUAAUGAGUUUUUCCCUCAUACUCACAGCCGAAUGUAAUUCUUUCAUUUCCUCAUCAUCAUCUUCAUCAUCAUCUCACGUUAUUUAUAAUUAUCUCGUAAGCAUAAGGAAUGUGAUUCUAGCUGAUUGUUUCGGGUACUUGGAUUUUUGUGAUUCAUGCUGCAUUCAUGAAAACAACAAGCACAGAUUUGUGUAUCAUCUAUCCACACAAGUGUGUAGAGCUUACCUCUGCAUUGAUUAUAUUUUUUUCAUAUUUAGAUGUUUAAUGUAUUUUCAGUUGAAAAAUAAGGCAGAUAAAAUGAACACGAAUGGUAAAAAUUGAUAUGGAAUUCAGAAUCACGGAGGUAAUAAUAGCUGUCAUGGUUUACGCGAGAGACUAAAACCCUGGAGAUGUGUGAAUGUAAUGCUAAACAUAUUUCCUUGAUAAAUUAUGAGGUUUAGGGGGGAACACAUGUUGAGUUUUUAAACACAUUCUCCCUGAAUAACAUGUACUGUAUGUAGACUCGCCGUUAUGAAUCCAUAAUCACAGUUUUCUGAUGUUGGUAGACGUUUGUUUACAGCAUGACACUCUUCACGCUACAGUAUCCCUCUGGUCAUGUGACCAUCCGGCCUUGAUAGAUUGCCUACUUCUGGUCAGUAUUGUAUUAGUAAUGGCAGUUUUCAUCUGUACAUAGUCUGCUGUGCGUCGGCACUGAUUUUUGCACUCUGCCUGUAAUCCACGAAUACUGUCCCGUAACAUCGCCAUGAUGCAUAUGAGGUAUUUUUAAGGUAACUUUGUAUAGUCUUUCCCUCCUUCCCAGUAUUACUACUUGUACAUAUUUAACCCCAACAACAAUUAAGUGCUAUAGAAUGAUUAUUAGCGCAAUAGGUUUUUGUGCAAACUGAGGUUUUUAUUUCAUUAACAUGUCGCCUUUGUACAUCACGUGGGACACUUGCCCUGUUUCUGUGUUUGUAUUUGCAGUUUAAACACAUCAGGAUUCUGAACUCACACCAAGAACAUGAACAUUAACUCAGUAUAGUUUCUUUUCAUAAUAAUAACUGACCAUCUGAAGCAAUACUCUCUGCUCACUGUGACCCUAACCUGUCCGAGACAAAUGCACACUCAUACUGGAAUAAACAAGUCUGAUGCCGGUCAUUUUAAUCGAUUCAUUGGGCAACUCAUGAUUGAAGGACACAACCAAAAUACCUAUGAAUGUAUUUAAGAAAAUUCAUAUUUUGCACACAGCCACGCCCAUAUUGAUAGCUAUGGAAGCAUGUUUUCACCACAGGAUAGAUAAUAAUGAAAGUAAUUGCUUUUUCUCACAAAAAAAGAAAAGAAGAAAUAUUUUUCCACGCAAUUCAUCCUUUUUUUCCUCAGAAUUGUGAGGGGAAAUGUGGAAUUGCGAGAUAUAAAUUUAGAAUUCUGACUUUCUUGCAAUAAAGUACGUUAACAUGUUAACGGAAUAAAAAUGGUAAUUUUGCCAGGAAAUGAGUAGGAAUUGCAAGAUAAACUCAGAAUUCUCGCAAAUUCGAAAUUCUUUUUCCCCCACUGCAGAAUUAAAAAUAAAAAGGUCAGUGCAACUUUUUUCCUAACAAUUCUGAGUUUGUCGCACAAUUCAGACUUCUUUCUGGAAAAAGAGGAAAAACAAUUAAGCUAAUUGCUGCUGUUCAUCUACCAAUUCUCACAAUUUCAUAUUUUUGGAAAAAUACAAGUUUUUUAAUCUGACCAAUCUUUUUUUUUUUUUUUUUUACCUAGAAUUGCAAGAAAAAGAAUUGUGAGAAUCUUUAUAUUUGUUUAUUUUUAUUCUAUGUUGGAAACAAGCUGCUAUAGCAAUUUAUCACACACACACACAAACUGAAAUCCAGGACAGUGUUAACCCGAAGUGAGUUUUUUGUUAUGUUUUGUUUUGUUUCAGCUGCAAUUUCAUCUUUUUCACUCCUUCUGCGCAGGCAGCCGCUGUCUCACUCUCUGUUGUUUCUCUUGUGUUCUCAUUUGACCGUGUACACAGUGUUGGUAAUCAUAGAUUCUUCAUGGCUGUUUUUGUUCAUUGUGUGCUGUACAUAGACUGACAAUUCAAAUGAUAAAUGCUCUUUUUUUCAUACAGUAUCCAUUCAGUAUUGUAAUAUAUAAGAUAAAAGUAAAACUUUCAUUCAAA